CGUUCCCCCCACGUGACCCCCCCCGGUAGCGCCGAACCCGGAAGCGCCGCCGCCGCCGCCAUGGACCCCGCCGCUCCCCCCCCAAAACGCCGCGGGCCCGCGCGCCUGGCCGAUCCGCGGCCGCUGUUCGAGGACACGAGCGCCGGCGGGGCCUCGCCGGGCCGCGGGUUCGGGGCCCCGCCGCCGCCCGCGGCCUCCGCGGUGUCCUCGUCCUCCUCAUCCUCGGCCCCGUUCGGGCCGCCCGGGGCCUUCCUGGCCGAGCCCGUGAGCUCGCUGGCCGCGGCCUACGGCAGCAGCCUGGCCUCGCACGUGGAGGGGAACCUGGGCCGCUGGGUGCCCGUGAGCCGCCUCAAGUAUUACUUUGCCGUGGACUCGGUGUACGUGGGCAGGAAACUGCGGCUGCUCGUCUUCCCCUUCGGCCACGCGGACUGGCAGGUCCGGUACCAGCAGGACACCCCGGUCGCGCCCCGCUUCGAUGUCAACGCCCCCGACCUCUACAUCCCGGCCAUGGCGUUCCUCACCUACAUCCUCCUGGCUGGGCUCGCUUUGGGCACCCAAAACAGAUUUUCCCCGGCCAGCCUGGGGCUGGUGGCCAGCUCGGCGCUGGCCUGGCUGCUGCUGGAGGUGCUGAGCGUCCUGCUGAGCCUUUACCUGGUCACCGUCAGCACCGACCUCACCCCCAUCGACCUCGUGGCCUUCGCCGGCUACAAAUACGUGGGGUGAGCCAAAAUUGGGGCUUUUCACCCCAAAAAAUGGUGGGAAGAGGAGUAAAAAUAUUGUUGGGAAGGUCACGGGAAAGGGACAAAAGAUUCCUGGAAAAAUCGCAGAAAAACGACAAAAAUUCUGUAAAAUUUGUGGUGAAACCGCAGAAAAUCCACCAAAAAUCCUGCAAAAAAUUCCUUCAGAAGUCACACAAAAUGCACCAAAAAUCCUAUUUAAAAUCCUAGAAAAUCCCACCAAAAAUCCUACAAAAAAUCCUAUAAAACGCUACAAAAAAUCCUACAAAAAUUCCUACCAAAAUUACACAAAAUCCACCAAAAAUCCUGCAAAAAAUUCCUUCAAAAAUCACACAAAAUGCACCAAAAAUCCUAUUUAAAAUCCUAGAAAAUCCCACCAAAAAUCCUACAAAAAAUCCUACAAAAUGCUACAAAAAAUCCUACAAAAAUUCCUACCAAAAUUACAUAAAAUCCACCAAAAAUCCUACAAAAAAUUCCUUCAAAAGUCACACAAAAUGCACCAAAAAUCCUAUUUAAAAUCCUAGAAAAUUCCACAAAAAAUCCUAUAAAAUGCUACAAAAAAUCCUACAAAAAUUCCUAUAAAAUGCUACAAAAAUUCCACCAAAAAUCCUGCAAAAAUUCCUACAAGAAUCGCACAAAAUCCACCAAAAAAUCCUAGAAAAAUUGCACACAAAUGCACCGAAAAUCCUAUAAAAAAUCCUAUAAAAUAUCCCAAAAAAAUCGACAAAAAUUCCUACAAAAAUCACAGAAAAUUCACAAAAAAAUCCUGGAAAAAUUCCUACAAAAAUCACUCAAAAUCCACCAAAAAUCCUGCAAAAAGUCCUGCAAAAAUCACAGAAAAUGCACAAAAAAUCCUGGAAAAAUUCCUGCAAGAAUCACAGAAAAUCCACAAAAAAUUCCUACAGGAAUCACUCCAAAGCCACCAAAAAUCCUACAAAAAAUCCUCUAAAAAUAGCACAAAAUCAACCAAAAAUGCUUCAAAAAAUCCUCUAAGAAUAGCAUAAAAUCAACCAAAAAUGCUUCAAAAAUCACAGAAAAUCCACAAAAAAAUCUUAGAAAAAUUCCUACAAGAAUCGCUCAAAAUCCACCAAAAAUCCUACAAAAAAUCCUCUAAAUAUCACACAAAAUCCACAAAAAGUCCUGCAAAAAAUCAUAGAAAAUCCCCCAAAAAUUCCUACAAGAAUCGCACAAAAUCCUAUUAAAAAAAUCCUACAAAAAGUCCUCUAAGAAUAGCACAAAACCCACAAAAAAUCCUACAAAAAUCACAGAAAAUCCACAAAAAAUCCUACAAAAAUUCCUGCAAGAAUCGCUCAAAAUCCACCAAAAAUCCUGCAAAAAGUCCUGCAAAAAUCACCGGAAAUUCACAAAAAGUUCUAGGUAAAUUCCUACAAGAAUCGCUCAAAAGCCACCAAAAAUCCUAGAAAAAAUCCUACAAAAUAGCCCAAAAAAUCUACCAAAAAAUCCUGCAAAAAUCACACAAAAUCUGCAAAAAAUCCUAGAAAAAUUCCUGCAAGAAUCGCUCAAAAUCCACAAAAAAUCCUGCAAAAAGUCCUGCAAAAAUCACAGAAAAUGCAGCAAAAAUCCUACAAAAAUUCCUACAAAAGUCACACAAAUUCCACCAAAAAUCAUGCAAAAAAUCCUAC